AUGCCUCCGCUACCGGGCGAAGAGCGUCUUCUGACAGUUUUCGCCGACAUUCAUUAUUAUUUCACGGCCCCGACUCCAAAGCCUCUGCAUCAUCGUUUUGAUAAGGGCUCCUAUCUAUAUAUCUACUACGACGACGCCGACAACAAGGCUCGCAUCGAGAUCGCCAACAACCCGGGAACUCAGGAUCAGGAUGCCUUCCACGGUGGCCUGGACAACAUUCACAUUCGAAAUUCGAGCCAAUUCCCUACUCAGUGUACCUUGACAGUCGACGGACUGGGCUCGCCUCAGCAACCUGCCCACUACGAAUGGCGACUGCCGAGUGGAGAUCCCCGCAAUGAGCGCCACAGCCUGCUGCGUUUGCACACACUGGAUAUCUACUUCUGGACACUGGAAGAUGCCAACCAAUUCCUCGACGUGAUCGGUCGGGUACUAGCUACGUCUCAGCUGGAGACCGAUCGAUCGGCACAGUCAGACCAGCCGAUGAGCUCGGUCGUACAGCAGCUCGAAAAUGUCGCCGUAUCAGAUCCAGCCUACCAGAACGGCCAGACACCCAACUCAAGAACCGAGGCUCCUUCUGCAACCCUGCCAGCCACACAAGGCUUCCAGCAGGUUCCUAGAUUCCCUCCGCCGCCCCCAAGCGGUCCAACCGCCGACCAACAGCAGGCGAUAGAAGGACAGAAAGAACCGGAAAGCUUCGCACCACUGCCAUACAACCCAGCCGCGCCUGCAGCACCAGAGCCGAUCAAGCACCGCGAGAAGACUCCGCCCCCUGAAGACGGCACCGAUGGUACCGGCUUGGCGGCGGCAGCAGCGGCCGACAAUGGCGUGCCAUAUACUCCGCCUUCACAAUUCGGCGCACCGGUGGGCAUGGCGGCCUUUUCGCCUCCUCCGGUUUCCCAGGGCUUGCCAUACACAGGUCCACCUGUAAUCGCAAAUGCACCAACAGGCUACGCUUCGCCCCCACCCAGUGCGGGCCUGACAAAUCCAGCAACGUUCUCAACACGCUCCUCUAUCCAGAGCCCAGGACUCCCUACCUCCCAACAGCCGUUCCAGCCUGGAGGUCAGCAAUGUACACCUAGUACACCGGGGUCAACAUUGUCUUUUGCGCCCCCGCCACAGGAUCCCAACGCCCAUCUCUAUGUACAGCAGCAAGCACAGCAACAAGCGCAACAACAGGCACAACAGAAAGCGCAGCAGCAAAUGUACGGCUCGCCGCAGUCUCCUCCACAACAGAACCCAGCCGUCCAAAUUGCCGGAUACGCGAACUUUUCGUACGACAAAUCUCAACAGCAGCCGCAGCAACCCGACGCAAAUGAGUAUGAUAUCCAUAAUCAAUUGUACAAACCGACAGAGACGGAGGCCAACUCGCAUGUCUACAAACACUCGCAAAAGACCAUGAAGAACGCUGGUUCGAGACCCAGGAGGUUUGAGGAUAAGGCAGAGAAGCUGGAGAGUGGAGUGAAUCGAUUCUUCAAGAAAUUGGAGAAGAAACUCUAA